AGUGACAUCAAAGUCAUAUCAAAGUUGGACUCCAAAGAAAGUCAUGUGACUUUGGAGUUGGGCUAGUGUGAACCGAGGCUUGUUUAGAUUAUAAUUUUUUUGUAAUGCAUUUAGUUCCCAUGGUGUGUCCCUUCUAUUAUAGCACCCAGUCUGAAUUAUCAGAUACUACUGAUGGAGGAGCCACAGGGCGGACUGACCAUUUGGAAACUCGGGCACUGCCCGAGGGCCCGGGGUCAGUAGGGGGCCCCAUGAGAUGCCCCUGGUACUUUUUUCAUAGACUUUUUUGAGUUUGGGCAAGGACACAGGGGCCCCAUGAUCCCUAUUGCCAGGGGGUCCCAUGA